GCUGGCAUGCCAGUUGGCUUUGUCAUAGUGCUGGAAGCUGUCUACAAAUCGAGACGUCUCACUCCAGGUCGAUUCGCAAUGUCUCCCUCGCCUCAUGUAACCCUCGCCCUACUAAGUGGCUUACUUUUUGGAAUCGGGAUGUGCCACAGUGCUUCAGUCGAGAAAUUGCGCAUUGCACGGGAUACACGUAAUAUACCCUCUAAUAUGUUCAAGCCCGUGAACGGCGCUUCGAACGGAAAUCAGAACACAUCGUUUGCAUCGUCGGAUAAUGACUCUGAUUAUACUUUCUCUGAGCAUUCCACUGGAGAGGCACAUGCUGUAACUGGUCCUGUGCUUCCAAAUGGACGAAGUAGGUAUCCUUUUCAGAGCUCACGAGAGGAAGAUUAUGAUGAUCGUUUACCAUUCCGUUCAAACGUACCAAGAUACUAUAAUCCCAAUCGCUCUAACGACCCUUCACGCGACCCAUUUCCCAGUGGACUACGCACAUCAAACUUCGAAUCUCAUUUUAACACGGAUAACGGGAGAAGAUCAUCAGGUUUCAAUGAGCCAGAGUUUGGCUCUUCAAGGCGUCUUGUAGGUCAAACGAUACCCUUAAUGGCAACGGGCAUCGCACCCUCUCUUAUUCCCAGUGGGCUUUAUGAUAAUGACUUUGGUCAAGGCUCUUCAAAUAAUUUCUUUCGCUCGGAGUCAUAUAGUUAUACCUCUGAUGGAAAUGGUCCACCGCAAGUUGAACGAAAUGUAUUCGACUCUCGAUUGGGACAUGGGCAAUCAAGUCGAAACUUUUAAUAUAGAAAAUCCCAUAACUAUACAUCAAGAUUCUUUCGAUUGAAAAUCACAUUGUUGAGUUGUGAAUAAAUAAAUUAUAAGUCGCUAAUUGCGUCGAUGAUUGCAUUAUUGAUAAGCUCCGUUGU